CUUGCUAUACAAUGAACUGUUUGUUAGCAGAGAGGCUGGGAAAGCACUGCUGGCUAUUGUAUUGCCAUGAAACCUGUGAUGAUCAGGCUGAAAAGCUUGGGAGGUCCACACGAAUCUUGAUUGGCUGCUGAAACUCUUCUUUUUGUGUAUGUUCUCGCACACAUUCGGGCAACAGCAGGGAUCAGCAGCAGUCUUGUCAGCAGGAUUACAAGAGACCCGUUUCAUCAGGUUUCCAGCUUUUUACACAGACUGGAAAACAGUGUCCACCACUUACAUGGGUUCCAAAAGACACAAAACAUAAAGGAUCCCAAGCAGAGAUUCUGGAUGCUGGCAGCUUCUAUUUUCAUGAUCCCUGAUUUCACAUUGAGAAGUAUUCAAUUGUGCUAAGAAGAAAGGCUUCGGUCUCACAGCAGGAGGAGGUCUAGGCAGGCUUAAAAUAAUGCAGGAGAAGAAAAGCACUUUCCCAAAAAGAACUUCAUUGGUUCUCUUCCUGUGCCAAGUAAUUACUGCGCUGGAAGUACCACUUGACCCUAAACUUCAAAAGGAAUUGCUUCAGCCUCCAACCAUAACACAUCAGUCACCAAAAAACUAUAUUGUGGACCCAAGAGAGAGCAUUGUGAUUCAAUGUGAGGCAAAGGGAAAGCCUCCCCCAAGCUUUUCAUGGACUCGCAAUGGCACACAUUUUGACAUAGAUAAAGAUCCAUAUGUGACAAUGAAACCCAACUCUGGAACCCUGGUGAUUAAUACCAUGAAUGGUGCAAGAGUAGAAGCAUAUGAGGGUGAAUAUCAGUGUACUGCCAGAAAUGAUCGUGGUUCUGCGCUGUCCAACAACAUUGUCAUUCGCCAGUCCAACAUCUUAAAUAUCAUCAAAGCCAUCUUGUUAGAAGGAUCCCCUCUGUGGACAAAGGAAAAAAUUGAACCAAUUAUUGUUCAACAGGGUGUUCCUUUGGUGCUACCAUGCAACCCUCCAAAAGGGUUACCACCACCUUUAAUAUUUUGGAUGGACAAUUCAUUCCAAAGGCUUCCCCAAAAUAAAAGGGUUUCACAAGGUCUUAAUGGAGAUCUUUACUUUUCUAAUGUGCAACCAGAAGAUACUCGAGACUUCUACAUUUGCUAUGCAAGAUUUAAUCUUACUCAGACUAUACACCAGAAACAACCAAUUUCCUUGAAAGUUUUAACAAUGGAUGGAUUAAAUGACACUAUAGCUGCUAAUUUAAGUGACACUGAGUUUUAUGGUGAUAGUCCUGCUGAGGAAAGGCAGCCUAGCAUGCUGUUUCCAAAUAGUACCAUAAGUAACAAGACAGUCUUACUUGGAGAAGUACUUCUGCUGGAAUGUAUAGCAGAGGGACUUCCUACACCUGAAAUCCAUUGGCGUAAAGAGAGUGCUGAUUUACCUGUGGACAGAGUGUUUUAUGAAAAUUUUAAUAAAACAUUAAAGAUUAUUGAUGUCACUGAAGCUGAUGCUGGAAAAUAUAAGUGUAUAGGGAGAAAUAUCCUGGGCACCACUCAUCACAUAAUAACGGUCUAUGUGAAAGGUGCACCUUAUUGGAUAACUCCACCAACAAAUAUUGUAUUGUCCCCAGGAGAGGAUGGAAGUCUGAUUUGCAGAGCAAGUGGCAAUCCCACUCCUAGUAUAACAUGGCUAAUUAAUGGGGUUUCAAUUGAAUUGGCUCCUACAGAUGCAAGUAGAAAAGUAGAUGGAGAUACAAUCAUGUUUUCUAAGGUUCAAGAUGGGGCUACUGCUGUAUAUCAGUGUAACGUCUCUAAUAUAUAUGGCUACUUGCUCGUGAAUGCUUUUGUAAACGUUAUUGCUGAGCCUCCUCGAAUUAUGAUGUUGAAACACGUCUAUAAAGUGAUUGCUAACAACGUAGCUUUGCUUCACUGUCCUUUUUUUGGCUCACCGAAGCCUGAAAUUAAAUGGUUUAAAGGUGCUCAUGGAAGUGUUUUGCAUGGAAAUGGAUAUGUCUUUCAUGACAACGGAACUCUAGAAAUACCUGUGGCACAAAAAGACAGCAGUGGAAAUUACACUUGUAUAGCAACUAAUAGAUUUGGAAGUGUCAAGGACAUGAUUGGACUUCAAAUCAAAGAUCCAACUAUGAUUAUUAAACAACCAGAAUACAGGGUGAUUCACAGAUAUGGAAGCGCGCACUUUGAAUGCAGGGUAAAGCAUGAUCCCACUUUAAAACCGGUGGUAUUUUGGCUAAAGGAUAACAGUGAGCUUCCAAAUGAUGAAAGAUUUAAAGUGACCAAGGGCCAUUUAACCAUCAAGAAUGUAACAGAGAAGGAUGAAGGAACAUACACUUGUGUGGCAAACACUGAUUUGGACACUGUCUCAGCCAGUGCAGUGCUUACUGUGGUUGAAGCUACUCCAACUCCAGCUAUUUUGUACGAUCGCCCAGAUCAUCCUUUUGAUUUGGAACUGACUGAUCAUCGUGACAGAAGUGUGCAGCUCUCCUGGGUCCCUGGAGAUGAUAACAGCAGCCCCAUUACCAAUUUCAUCAUUGAGUAUGAAGAUUCAAUGCACGACCCAGGGACAUGGCACUUCCAGACUAAAGUCAGCGAUACUCAAACCACAGCUACACUGAGUCUCUCUCCGUUUGUCAACUAUUCUUUCCGAGUCAUUGCUGUCAAUGAAAUUGGAAGAAGUGAGCCCAGUGAAGCAUCAGAACAAUAUAUAACAAAACCAGCAGAACCUGAUAAAAAUCCGUCUGGUAUAAAAGGAGUUGGUACUGAACCAGAUAACUUGGUUAUCGCCUGGGACCCUAUAAAAGGAUUUGACUCCAAUGGACCUGGGCUGCAGUAUAAAGUCAGUUGGAGACAGAAACAUUUUGAUGAUGAAUGGACUUCUAUUAUUGUUGCAAAUGUAUCAAAGUAUAUUGUAUCUGGAACGCCAACAUUUGAACCAUAUGAAAUAAAGGUCCAAGCGCUGAAUGACAUAGGCUAUGCCCCUGAUCCAUCAGUAAUCAUUGGAUAUUCGGGAGAAGACUUACCCAUGACUGCUCCGAGCAAUGUUGAGGUGGAAGUGAUUAACAAUACACUGGUAAAAGUUCAGUGGGAAUCUGUUUCUUCUACAUCAAUCCGAGGCCAUCUUCAAGGUUACAGGGUCUAUUACUGGAAAGCUGAAAACCAAACAAAGAGAAACAAAAGGCAUAUGGAAAAACGAAUGCUAACAUUUCAUGGAAACAAGACACAUGGAAGGCUCCCAGGACUGGAACCCUUUACAUCUUAUAUUGUCAAUGUUAGAGUUUUCAAUGGUAAAGGUGAAGGUCCUCCCAGCACUGACAAAUAUUUUGAAACACCAGAAGGAGUCCCUAGUGCUCCAUUGAAGCUGGAUGUUGUUGAAAGAACUAUUGAUUCUUUAACUCUUAUGUGGAAACCACCUGCUCAUCCAAAUGGGGUCCUAACCCAAUAUACGCUGAUAUUUCAAUCAAUCAAUGCCACACAUGAGCUAAGCCCUCCAGUUGAGAUGACUAUUCCCACAAACGAAACAAGUCUAGUGUUAAAGAAUUUAAACCAAAGCACACGCUACAAGUUUUACUUGUAUGCACAUACUGUGGUGGGUCCAGGAAUCCAGAUAACUCAAGAAGCAAUUACUGCUUUGGAUCAGGCUGGUAUUCCCCCACCUGCUGUGGGUGCAGGCAAAGAAACUCUUUCUGCUCAUUCACCUGUCACGCACACUGUUUCUCCAACUUACUACAAGGUUCGGCCCUUCCUUCCAAGGAUCAAGAAUAUAACAUCAGCUGAAACGUCUGCUACAAUCAUUUGGGAUUAUGAGGGUCCAGAAGUGAAGUUCUAUAUUAAAUAUGUAGAAAUAAGCAAAGAAGAUUGGAAAAAAGAAUUUAUAAAUGAUACUCGGAGCUUCUAUGUAUUAAAAGGUUUAAUUCCUGGAACAUCAUAUAAAGUUCGAGUUGUUGCUGAUGAAUUCUCUGAUUAUGGGUUUUCUGAAGAUUCCUUUCAGACAGGUCCAGCCAUGGCAAGCCGACAAGUUGACAUAGCUACCCAGGGAUGGUUCAUUGGUUUGAUGUGUGCUGUGGCGCUCCUUAUUUUAGUUUUGCUGAUUGUUUGUUUCAUCCGAAGAAACAAAGGUGGUAAAUAUCCAGUCAAAGAAAAAGAAGAUGCUCAUGCAGAUCCAGAAAUACAGCCCAUGAAAGAGGAUGAUGGGACUUUUGGUGAAUACAGUGAUGCAGAAGACCACAAACCGCUUAAAAAAGACAGUCGCACUCCAUCAGACAGAACUGUGAAAAAGGAUGACAGUGAUGAUAGUUUGGUUGACUAUGGAGAAGGAGUAAAUGGACAAUUUAAUGAAGAUGGCUCUUUUAUUGGACAAUAUAGUGGGAAGAAAGAAAAAGAGCCUGUAGAAGGCAAUGAAAGCUCUGAAGCUCCAUCCCCAGUCAAUGCUAUGAAUUCCUUUGUUUAGUUACCAGAAUAUGGUCAUACGUUUCUGCUCCAAACUUGUAUGUAAUUGCACCCAAUCAUCAUAAGGUUAAAUGGAAAAAACACAACAUGGAAGAAUAUUCAAGACCCGAGCAACAAUUUACAUGUACAUUGCACAUGUUCAAUUGGUACUGGAUGUCUGUGUGGAAAAAAAAAAACAGUACAACAUGGAAUAUUUUUAUUCAUGGCAUAUGUGAUUUUUAUUUUUUUAAAGGCUGUGGAAAUGGAUGACGAAUCAACAGAAAACAUUUUUUUUAAAUGCUAUCUCCUUAAUAUGUAUUAAUGCAUGGUUUGAUGCACAUUUCACAGACAAACAAGUGUGUGUCCAAAAUGGUUUGAUUCUUUGUUAAGCAGUCCUCAGUCAGACACCUGGUAUGGAGUCCGUUGUCAGUUUUAAUGUAGUAUUACAAUGUACAGAGCUUCAAUGUCUCGGUUGACAUUGUUGGUGAAGUUGGUGACUUUAUUGUAUAUCUAUAAUGUCUUUUUUUUAAAAGACAAGAAAUCUAUAUAAAUAUAUAUAUAUAUAUAUAAAUAUAUAUGAUGGCAAAUUAAUUUAAGUAUGACACUUGCAUUUGCUGAUGCUUAAUGAGACCCAAAUAUAUGCUCUCUGCUCCCCUUAUUUUAAAUUAUAAAGUAUAAUGUACCAGUGUUGUAUUUUGUAUACCAUGUUUAAACCAGGUUGUUACGAGUCCAUAAAAUCAUAUGCUUUGCAUUGUGGAAUUUCUUAUGUCACAGUCACUGAAGCAAGAUGGAACUGAAUGAUCUUCUUCACAUGUUCAUAAUCAUACAGUUCAGUGCCUUUAUUUGAUAUGCAUUCCAUAAUGCACUACUCCUCGGAAGUUUGCUGCUAGUUGUAACACCAGGUUAGUUAACUGCAGUAUCAUCAUUGCCAUAAAUAAAAUAUUCAUUUGUACAGAGAAAAAAAGAAUAUGGAAAAAAUGUAUUGACUAUAGGAUAUUAAAUGUUUGCUGCUGCAUUUACACUGUGUUCUGAUCUGUUUAUAGUAGCAGCAUACGGAUUAUAGCACAAAGACCCGUCAUACGCAAAAGGAUUUUAAGCACAACAGGCUUUGAGUACCUAAAGAGGAAAGAACAAUGUUUUUCUCAAACAUUUUUCGUAAAACCACUAACCAGUAACUGGUCAACAAUUAUAAAUUCAAUUCCCUUAAAGAGGAACUGUCAUGAUGAUAAACAUAUCCACUAAACUGGAUUUGUGCUAAAGCUGUAUUACAAAUAGCAUUUAUUGUUCUUUUCGGUUGUUGAGAUAUUUAAAGAUAGAGUCAUGAGCUUCUUAUAGUUACAAAAUUAAUUUAGGGUGAAAAAGAACAUCAGUAAAUAAACUUGAAGUUACAGUAAUUUACCUCCCAGUGUACCUUUCAGCAUCACCGACCCACAUUAGGUAAAACAACCACCACUCUUACCAAUGGUGCCUUUCUCUCAGUGAAACAUGUGUGCUCCCUAAAAUCAUUUUCUCCAGUCUAAAUAUGUUUUCUUUAGACCUGACCUGGCCUAUCAGUUGAUUUUAGAAUGAGUUAGUGAUUACUAAACAACAUGGUUGCAUUAUUUGUAGCAGAAUAAAAUGUGAGGCUGAAAAACAUGCUAAUAUACCAUUAUUAUCUCAACAACUGUUAAUUAAUGAACUUAUUUAUGAAAAAUAAUUAUUUCAAAUGCACAACUAUUUGUGGCCAAGUUAGUAGCAUUGACAGUUUCUCUUUGAGACCAAAUAUAAUAUAAAUAAAUGGGAGAAGUGACAUUUUCCUAAAAAUACUUCUAAUAUUUAUAUUUUGGGUAUUUUUUAAAUAUGGAGAUUUUUUUUUCCAAUCCCGUUGCUAGAAACACUCCAAAAAUGAAAUUCAACAUACAAACAUGGCAGAGAAAGCCGCUAACAGGAAUAAGCAAAGGAGGGUGGCUACUGUCCAUGAGAGACAUGGAUCUUGCAUAAACUAUUCCAGUACUAUUGUUUAGCUCCCUAUGAAAUUAUAUGACAACCUAUGGUUGAAGCAAUGCUGAGUUUCAUUUGCCAAUAAAUUGCUUUUUCAUAACUUGCAUCAAGUUUAAUUUUAAGUAAGCUUUUAUAUGUAGAUAUUUUGUUCAAUUUGUAAAUAUAAUGAAAGUUUAGCUGCUGUAUGCUUCUAGAUGUUACAGAGAUAUAAAAGGUUAUGUUGUAUUGUGUAAGAAAUGAUAUAGCAAGCUGGGUGCAUGGUAUUUUAAGGCAUCUUCCUAAAUCCAUAUAUUUUGCUGUGAAAAUGACAUAGUGAACUAUUACAUUUGCUGCAGAAUUCCCAAACUUGUGCCAAUAAGUGUAUUUUACCUCCUAGAAAGAAACUAUAGAAUGAAAGCCCAAGUUUGGAAGCUGCAUACAGGUUUUGUUGCAUUUCUUAACUAUUACAUUUUUAACCCUAGCGCGAGAGAUGAGAAAAAUCUGUGCAUUGUUCAUAGCUCUGAACCCCCAUUAAGUGCUAAUAAAGAUUGCUAUUUAAUUUUAUAAGCACAAUGAGAACAAUAAAUACAAAUAAAAUAAUUAUAAUGAAAAAUUCUGGUAGAAGCUGUGGUCUUACUUUAAGGGAAAACACUGUGAUAUAAUUCAAUUUUAAUAUCAUAUGUAGCAAGGAACUUUAAAGGACACUCAAUCAAGUGUGAAAUAUCACAUACAAAUGUUUGACCCUUGAUCAGUAACCCUAAGAAAUGUAACCUGCUAACACAAACUGUGCAUGGUAUGGUUCACCUACAGGUCUCUUGUGUAAAAGACAAUACACAUUUUAUAUGUCAAUAAAUGUAUUCAAAAUUGAA